AAGAAAAGAAGCAGAUGUGUUUCAUGUUUAUUUCGUCCGAAAAUGGAAUAAAGAAGUCGGAACUAGUUUGUGCAGAAUGUUUGUUGCUGAUAUCAGGGCUGAGAGCUGGUGCAUGGAGUGGGGAGCUCGGGAGUGCUGCCCCUGGGCUGGGUGCUGUGCCCCUGGCACUGGGGAACUGGGGAGUCACCCCGUGUUCCUGGAGCUGGGUCCAUGAUCUCUUGGAGCUGGGUCCCACGUUCCCAGAGCUCGGUGCCCACUGCAGAGCCAGGUGCAGCCCCCACCCCCACGGAAUGGGAGCCCAGGUGUGGGGAGCUGGGGUCACAUCUGGAGCUGGGCCGUGCUCAGUGCCGAAUCCCAGCCCAAAUCCCGGUGGGAGGGCAGCAGGCACAGCUGGUGGCACAGCUGGUGGCACAGCUGGAGGCACACCAGGCACAGCUGGUGGCACCUGGCAGAGCUGGUAACCACCAGCCUCUAACAGGAACCAUCGGCCCGUGAAAUUCUCCACAUUCCUUGGCUUCCCUGCGCUUGUUUUCCCAACACGGUUCAUAAACUGGCAUCCAGCUGGCACACUGCCAGGCUGCUCCCCACUCUCUUCUCCAGAAUUCCAGGGCCUCUUCUCGCCACCCCAAAUGUGCCAAGCCCCUGCCAUCCAGGCACCCCUGCCCACACCAUAACCCCCAACCAGGAUGGGCCUGAUGGCUCCCAAAUGUGUGAAUCCAUGGGUUUGGCAGGCACAGCCCCUAAGGAGCAUCCUUAUCACAGGGACUCAGCUGCACCCGCCCUCAUCACUGGGAUCCAGAGGGAUCUGCUCCUGUAAAUUAAACUCGUCAUCACAAAGAUGUGAAGUUCAGCAUUAACACCACGUCCACCAGUUGUGGGUCUGGGAAUUACCUCUGCCAACACCCCGCUGCACCCCCUGGCCAGCAGGGAUCCAGGAAAGGGUGGUGCAGGCACCCGCAGCAGCCUCUCCCUCCCAUCCCAGCCCCCAGCACCCGCAGCCAGGCAGGAACGGAGGCUGUGGAAGCAAAUGGGCACCGGGAAUGGCACCCCAGAGCCCUGCCCUGCCCGGCUGAAUCCAGCCCUGCACUUUGCCGGCCUCGCUCAGGUUUUAUGAGGGAUGGGGGAGAUCGGUGAGGCUCCGGAAAGUGCUGAGUGCCCUGCCUGCAGUGAUGGGCCAGAGGCUUCUCCCAGCCCAGGGCCACGGCGGGGGCAGGCGGUGCUGCAGGGCCCCCCAGCCCUCAUUCCCAUGGCUGGGCCCUGGAGGGUCUCACUGGGAAGAGCAGGUGAGGGGGUGACCACCAGCCCCAUUCCAGGUGGACAUUCCCUGCUCUUUGCCCCACUAGCCCCAGCUGGAGUGGGCAACCUCCACCCCUGUCCAGUCCCGGGCCCCCCAGACCCCCACGUGCAGCAGCGCUCCGAGGGACGCGGCCCCUUUAAGAGCCCAGUGGCGCCAAAGCCGCUCACGUGACUUGUCCCCGCCCCCGCGGUGGGCGGGGUCUCGGCGCGCGGGCUCCCGCCUUGAGGGAGAAGCGCGCGGGACCGAGCCCACGUGUUCCUGGGACCGGGAGCGGGGUCGGAACCGGAACCGGCAUCGGGAUCAGAACCGGGACCGGGACUGGGAUCGGAACCGGGACCGCGGCCAUGGCCCAGCUCCGCCUCACCGACUUCUUCGGCCAGACAAAAGCACCCACCGGAGCCCCGGCCAAGCGCAGCGGUGGCCGCCGGCUCAAGGCCGCCCUCGCCGCUCCCCCGGUGCACCGGGAGGAGGAGGAGGAGGAUGGUGCCCCCCGCCCGCUGCCCGGUUCCCCGCGCACCCCGGCCCGCGGGUGCUCCCCGGCCCUGCGGGGCCCGGCGGGCAGGAAGCGGAGCCGCCGCGAGAUGGAAGAGGAGUCGCCGAUCGGGGUCGUGUUCGGGGAACCGAGCGGGAAAUCAGCGCGGAAGAGGCUGGAGCUGCCCCGGGAUGGGGAGCCGGGGUCUCCGGGAGCGGCCACCAGCUCCUCGCCUCUGGCCACUCCUCGACCCCCGACUCCCCUCUCACAGGACCCGGCCGUGUCCCCUGCGGCCACCACCCCCGGCCACGGGCAGGACACGGGGACAGAGCCCGGCCCGGCCGCCCCGGGGCCGGCGCGGCGCCUGCAGCGGGAGGACGUGGCCGAGCUGCAGGGCCGCCUGCAGAGGUUGAAGGUGCUGGGCCAGGUGCCCCCUGUGCCCGGCGGGAGCAGCAGUGACCUGCGGAGCCGCCUGCAGCGGGUGCGGCAGCUGGAGCUGCGCGUGCGGCAGAGGAGAGCGGGGACCGGGGACACCGGGGACACUGGGGACACCGGGACAGCAGCUCCUGAGGGAGAGAGCAGCAAGAAGCCCCCGGCCUACCAGCGGUUCCACACUCUAGCCCAGGAGCUGCCCCCGGGGCUGACGCUGCCCUACAAGUUCAAGGUGCUGGCAGAGAUGUUCCGCAGCGUGGACACCAUCACCGGGAUGCUCUUCAACCGCUCCGAGACCGUCACCUUCGCCAAGGUCAAGCAGGGCGUGCAGGACAUGAUGCGCAGGCAGUUCGAGGAGCGGCACCUGGGGCAGAUCAAGGCCGUGUAUCCCAGCUCGUACCGCCUGCGCCAGGAGAAGAACGUCCCCACCUUCGGCAGCAGCGGGAAGAAGUCUGAGUAUCAGCUCACGCUGGAGCCAGUGCUGGGGGAAGAGGAGAAGGUGGACGGGCGCCCGCACCUGUCGGCGUCACGGCUGCUGGAGCGCCGGAGGGAAUUCCACCGCAACCUGGUGAACAUCGUCAGGGAGCACCACAAGGCGUUCCUGGCUGCCCUCAGCCCUCCCAUGGUGGUGCCAGAGGAGAAGCUGACCCGGUGGCAUCCCCGCUUCAACGUGGACGAGGUGCCGGACGUGAGCCCGGCGGAGCUGCCGCGGCCGCCGCAGGAGGACAGGCUGAGCACGGCCCAGGAGGUGCUGAGCACGGCCCGGGGGAUGCUGAGCCCCAAGAUGGAAAAAGCUCUUGCCAACCUGGCCCUCCGAACGGCCGGAGCCGACGCGGGGGAACCAACGCUUUCCAAAACCCCAACCCCUGCCAGCACCUCCAGCGCGCUCAGAGGGGUGUCCCAGGAGCUGCUGGAGCGCGUGCGGGCGAAGGAGGCGCGGCGGCUGCGGGCGCUGCUGACGCGGGACGCGGGGCAGGAGCAGCGCGCGGCGCGGCUGGCGCGGCUCCCGGCCAUGGCGCGCGUCCUGCGCGGCCUCUUCGUGGCCGAGAGGAAACCUGCGCUCAGCAUGGAGCUGCUCUGUGCCCGCCUGGCCGACAGCUGCCCCGAGCUGGUGGCACCUGGUGAGAUGGAGAAACACGUGCGGCUCUUGGCGGAGGUGCUGCCCGACUGGGUGGGAAUUCACAGCCUCAGGACAGACACCUACGUCAAGCUGGACAAAGAGAAGGACCUGGGCCUGGUCACUGAGAGGCUCAACAAGGCAGCCAAGGAGGCUGGAGCUCUCUAAACCCCUCAAGGGUUGAGGUUUUUUCUGUGCAAUCUCCUGGAAAUGUAGCAAAUCCCGACAGCGCUCUGGGUUCUGGGUGGGCUGGAGGGAGGCUCGUCCUCAGCAUGGCUGGGGAAGGGUAAAAAUGCCUUAAUUUAAUUAAUUCCUGUGGUGGGAUCUGUGAGGAUUGUAGGUUCCCUAGUUCCUGAGUAAUCCUGUGGGGUGGUGAUGGAACCUGAGGAACCUUUUCCUCUCCUUUCCUAUGUUCUCCUGAAGGUUCAGUGGGGUCUCCUGGAGGUCCAGUUUCAGAAGUUUCUUCCAUUAACUGGGUCCUGGUGGGGUGAAGGCAGAACAGGGCAGGCUGAGAGGGUGACAGGCAGGAAGGAGUGAGAGAAAAAGUCACAAUUUGAUGUUUUUGGAGCUUCAGACCUCACUUUGUUUUUAAGGGAGGGGAAAACGCAUCUUCCAGUCCUCGCUGGAAACAACUGCAGGGCUUGUCAAAACACAUUUGUAUUAAAUGUUUUAAAUAUAGCUGACUUGUGUUAA